CUGCGCUUCCCAGGCCGGCUGCUCUGGGCGAUGCCGGUGAGAAAGCGCGAGAGUCAAAGGUGAACAGCCCCGGCUGACCUCCAAAGCGCCAAAUCCAGAAUGACUCGGUCAUCCCGUGGAGUAGAUCUGAGUUCUUUAAAUGGCGAGGAAGCUCGGCAGAUCCUCAAGGUGUUGGAGCGGGACUCGCAACUCAAAAGAGCAGAGAGAGAAAGGCUGAGCAAACUUCAAAAGAAAAAGGAAGAUAUAACAGGGCUUCCGGGAAUGACAGGAGAAUGGUUUGAAGAUACACAGAAGAGAACAUUUCAAAGCAACCCUGAUGUCAGCAGAAUGCUGAAACAACCACUAGCUCACCAAUUGAAAAAGGCCAUGGGAAACAAUUCUGCAACCACAAAGGGCUCUGCUUUGCAAGUCCCACAAGCCCAGAAGCAUGGAGCCACUUCCAUCCUAGAAGGCCUGAGAACACCAUUUGCUUCUCUGUUUUUGUCCUUCAAGAAAUCCAAGAAGCAGCAUUUGAAACCUCCUCAAAAGCAGCAGCAGAACUCUUUACGAUAUGACCACUUGACCACAGGUGUCCACACAUCUUUCAGAGCAGAGGAAAUGGCAACGGCCCAGACAUGCAACUCUUCUUUGCUCUCUGAACCAACAAAUAAAUGUCUUGAUGCAAACACAGCUGUUAUGAUGGACAACACGUCAACAUGGAAUGAGGAGCUGGAAAAUGAACUUUUAAAAGUUUUGGACAGUCUGGAUAACCAGCUGGCACAGGAACAAUCUCAAGAUACUAUGAAUAGAAGGACUCCAACUGACUAUGGCUCUACAGUGCCAGAAAUCCAUCAGCAUUCCGUUGUUAUGCGACCAAAUUUCCUUGGAGAAGUACAGAGAAAUGACCACAACUUGUUUUUACCAGAUAGAACAAGGACGUUGAGAGGCAGAGAUAAAUACAACACUUUCUUCAGACCAAGGAGGCUUUAUGAUACAUACAUAAAGCAGCAUCACACAGAAAAGUGCACAUAUGGAGAUUUGUAUGACAAAAGAUCUUCUGUUUUGAAGAGAGGAUAUUCUACUUGUUCUCUUGGACAUUCUUCAGAAUAUAGUUUGGAAUUUCCAUCAGGAUCACACAGUAGUGGAUUUGGUCCUAAAAACUUCAUGUCCAAGGAUACAAUGGGCAGAAGUUUCUCUUUGUCUUGCCUUACAAGGCGCUCAUCUUUGAUGUCUGCUGACAAGUUUUCCACCAGUAGCUUACAACAUGGUUUGGAAAGCAAUAUGGACUUCACAGAAGCAACCUUUCGGCGUCAUUCCAGACGGACCCCUCUGUCAUCUAUUGUAUGGAAUAUGCCAAAGUCUCCUAGGCAUUCGGUACAUCCAGACAGACUUCGUAGAACACAGUCAUUAACAGAAUUUAACUCCGAGUUUGAGGACUUACAUCCUUGUUCUCCAGCGGAGAAUACAAGAUACAAGUUUUAUAGGUCAAAAAUGAAUUACAGAAAAGUAGUACCAAAUACAAGCCAUUCCUUAUUCACUGAUAGAGGUAUAGAUCCUCUGUGUUUUGACAAUCGGGAGAAUCAUGUGUCACAUCCACUGAAAAAUAUUUCAAAAUCAUGUUACAGGUACCCAUCAUUUCAUGAUAAAAUGAAUCUGCCCCCAAACAAUUUUCCUCUUGGAAGAACAGAGGAGUACCUUUUUAGACGUAAUAACCACCAGUAUUUCAGUGAUGCUUACCACGUCCCUAAUGUAAACUUUGAACAGCUUCCAACUAAUCUGAGUGACCAGCAAAGCAACUAUGGGGAAAAAAAAGACGUAUGGCAAAGUGAGCCUGUGCAUAACCGUGCCUCAGAAUACACAAGGACUAGGGAUCAUCCAGGAAGAGGAAUCAACAAUUUUUUUUUAAAGCGUGCAAAAGGCAUGCAAAAAUGCCCAACAUAUGUCUCAGCUCCUUUGGGGAACCCAACCGAAAAUGCAGCACCAAGUCGAAGUCAGUUUAGUGGAGAUAGUCAAGCUCCUUCAAAGACGUUUGUUAAAUCCUUUCAAACCAAGAAAAAUUCCAAAAUACUAGGCAUGGAAGAGGGGAGUGGUGCUGAUCAGUCAGACAAAGUGGAUAGGAUGGACAUAAAAAAACCAAUAUUAAGUCAAGUGUUUGGACAAGUAAAUGCAAAUAAUCCAACAGAAUUCCAGGUGUCUCCAUCUACAGUCUCUUCUCCAGCUACCCCUCCUGUGAGCUCAUCCCUCCAGCCACCUUUUAUAUUAAAUUCAAAAAGGCAAGCCAAAGCAAAUUCCUUAAGACGCAUUGAAAACAUUUGCUUAUCAAAUAUUCGCAGUAGAAAUGGCCAAAGAAAUGAAGAUAACUGGGCUGAAAGCAAUAGUGUAGAGCAAGCACAUGCCCCACACCUGAUUGCUAAUCCUUCAAAGCUAUCAAAAAGUUACCCACGAGAAGAACAUCAGUUGGAAGCUUUGAAAGAAUUUAAUUCUAACAAGUUGUUAAACAGAACCUAUUUACCUGUUUUCAGUGAAGACCCCAAAGGACUUCCGAACAAUGAAUUCCCAGUUUCUAAUGCUGAAACACUCCCUAAACCGAAUAGAUUUGUUAGAUAUACAUCUAGUAAUAGUAUUAGUGGCUCACCCAGCAGCAGCCCUCUCAAAUCUCCUAUGACGUAUAAAACAUUACAUCGAAAAUCAACUAGUAUUGAUGGCAGUGAUCUAUCUAAAAAACGCAUCUCUCCACCUACAAGGAAAAUCCCUUUCAGAAAUAAGAGGAUGGUGGGGGAUAAUUCAGAAGCACGUGUAUCAGACAGAAUUGGGAAUAUUUAUUCAAGUAAGGGGGAUAAAAGCUCUUUGCUCAGCUUAUCCUGCUCAUCCUUAAACAUGUCACCCAAAGAAAUGGCUGAUGAGAAAAAUAAACAAAUUAAACAUUACCACAUGCGGUUAACUCAAGUUCCUAACUGUCCAUCAGGGGCUCCUAAUAUAAUUGGCAGCAAACAGAAAAAAGGAGAUGACAUGCUUGUUGCAGAGAAAAAUGCAAUUUCUGUUCUUUCUGAGAAGGAGAAAUCAGAGGCAGGAAAUCCUUUAAAGCAAUAUAAAACCACCAGCACAUUGACAGUUAGCAUAGAGGAAGAUAAUGUAAAGUACCAUGAACUGGUUUCGGUUUAUUAUACCUUACCACAGAAACACUCAAAAACGUUGUGCAAUGUCUUUCUAGGGGAUGCCAAAAAGACAGAUUCAUCCUCAUCCCCAGAAAAAUCUCAGGCCCCUCAAAAGGAGUAUGAAGUUCGUGUCCGUAUGGCAACAGUAGCUUUUCCAUCUAGCUUAGAAAAAGGAGAAAAAAAUAUUUCUCCUGACAAAAUGCCUACUCCUCCUGAUCUACAACGGGAUUCAAAAAAUGCAGGCGAUGCUGUUGAAGAUCUCCAAGUUCCAAAUCCCAUUGUGGGAACAGCAGGCCCUUCUCAGGCACAAUGUACAAGGCAUAACAGAGAAGAAAUAAUUGGACUGGGAGCAGAAGAUCUAGCACUUGCAUUUUCCAACAGGCCCACUGUAGAUGGUUCUUCAGGUGACCCCAAACACAGCAGAAUAGAGGCUGAAACAGUUGACACUGUUACUAAUACAUUGCCCAACCUGCGUAUUGGCAGGGACUCUUCUCCACGGGCAGAAGCAUCAAAACUUGAUAAAAACUUACAUCUUAACUCGUUGAACUCCAAAAGUACCAAAACAUCUUUAGGGAAUAUUUCUGCAGUUUCUUCUGCAAUAAAUGUUCAAAAAGGGAGUCUCUGUUAUAGUCAGCCAUCUGCUGAAACAUCUGCAAGCGUUCCCUCUUCCAAUUUAACUGACAUUAUUCAGGACGGAAAAUCCACUGCAUAUCCAGAAGUCAGCACCCCAGUAAGUGCCAGUAAAGAAAAAAACAGAAAUGCUGCAGAGGUCAAAGAAAGCGCUCGUUAUAUCUGCCGCAUUAUUUCUGAAAGGGGACAUGGGUUUCAGCCAAGAAAUGAAAGUGUCAGAAAAGAAGCAUCCAUUUCAAAGAUCAAGGUGCAUUCAGAUCUCCAGAAUUCAACACUGCCAGGGGAUGCAGCUUUUUCAGUUAAUCCAGUUAUUCAACCAAAAGGGAAUGUGGUGGAAUGUUCAAAACCUCAACAGCAGGAGAUGCCUCAAAAUCCUCUGCUCCACAAAGUUUGCACAAAUUCACAGAGAUCUGAAAGAAUCUGUGUGGAUAAUCAGAACCUUUGCUUUAAGGAUCAGCAUUCAGGUAUUACACAGGACCUGCCUGAGCAUUCACUACCUGAAAACAAGCUUGUCUUAGAUUGCAUUAAAGAUAAAGUUAGUGAUAUAGAAAAAAGAAAAAACAGGUCCUCAAUUAAAAACAAACUGGCAGCCAUGUAUAGAACAAGUCGAAAGUUUUCUAGUAAGAAAAGCUCAAGUCCCAAGCCACACAUAAGUUGCAUAUUUUCACAAAAUGAUGCAAUUUCAUUAGAUAACAGCAGCCCUCAUCCCAUGUUGAUUUCACCUGAUGAUUCCCAGCAAACAGGGAAUGAGAAUCAGAAUCAGACUUCUCUACCUGGUGAAUUUGUUAUUGCAAGGCUCAGUAAGGUUGAAAAUAAGAAAUUGCAAACUAAUGAAGACAGGAGGCCUUUUACAAACUUGUGCAACCAGAAAAGAGAACAUUCUGGGCAAAGUGAUAAAAAUAUAAAGACCAUCCAAAAUUCCACCAUCUUAUUUCCAAAAUCAAUUAUGCCUGUGCUAAACAACAAUUUGCAGACUGGUAGUAAAGUUUUAGAAAAUAACAACCAUCCCAUUUUCUCCAAAUGCACUGUUACGGAUUCUUACCCCAAAAAAAGAGUUCACAGUAAUGUCAGUGAGCCUUCAUCUUUUCCACUUUUAUCUGAUAAACAUUCAUAUAUUAAAAAUGAUUCAAAGGCAAGUAUUUAUCCACUGCAAAAAUUGACUUCACAAGCAGAAUGCAUUGAUUAUCAAGAUAAUGAGCAGUCAGACAUUUUUAAAAAUGCAAGCCAACCCUUUAUCAAGCCAGUUCUAAAUCUCAGCAAAACCCAGCGUGAAAGACAUUUUUCUGAAUGUUCCUAUACACAAAAACUCCAUGAUCACCUGACCCCGAAAAGCAGCUUGACACAGCCUGGAUACAAUCGGAAGUUCAAGUCCUAUUCUGAACUGUUAUCCUGUGAUGAAAAUGAGAACUGGGACACGUACAACGAGAAUAAUAGGAACUUUGGUUCACGACGUAUCAUGUACCCAUCAAUUGAAUUUGGCAUUUUUGGAAAAGAACAACAGCAGGCUUUCUUGGAUAACAUAAAGAGGUCACUCACAGAAGGACGGUUGUGGAAUCCAUGUCUUUUAAAGAACCGCAGGUCUAUUCCAAGGGAAGAUGGGUAUUCCUUAAGUGGGCUGGAGCUGUUGAAAUCAAGCGCUGCAGAACAGUUCCCAAAUGAACCUCUUGAUUUCCAUGAAGAAGCCUCUGCAUAUUCUUCAGAUUCUGACUCUGACACCACCACAGAUGACGAAUAUUAUCUGCAUGAGUAUGAGAAAGAAUCAGAACUUUGAGGAGCUCAAAUAUGUAGAAAGCAACUACCUGCUUGCUGACUUGUUGGUUGGUAGCUUAUAAAAUAGUAGGGACUGAAAACUUGAGUAGAUUUCUGUAAAUUCGCUAAUUUGAUCUCAGACUAAAUUGACAUACUGCACUAAACAAGCCUUCCACAAUUUUGGCACUUCAUAAAUAUGUGGACUCCUAGAAUUCUAAGAAAUGUGAAUAAAAGUGGGGAAUUCUUGGAAUUAAGGUCCACAUAUUUGGAGAAUGCCCAUGUUCUAGAAGCUGCGUGAAGACGUAACGUAUUUGGUUUUAGGCUAGGGUACUGUGUGAACUCAGUCACUGUGGCUUAUAAACUGUGGUGUACUGUUUUAUGUGUUGUUUAAAUCCAACCAAUUGUGGUUUAUUCAAUAAACCAUGGUGAAGUAAGCCAUAACUUAGAAUUAUGUGAACCUAGCCAUUGUAGUGUUCAGCUCAAAAAUGUCAGAAUUUGUUUCUAACAGGGAAAAUCACCAUAAAUUUGAAUUUCUAAUGGCAGUGGAAAAAAUAAAGGAAUUGUCCUACUGGUGCUCAAAUGGGGUUGCCAGCUUUUGCUGGGCAGUUUCCUGUAUCAUUCAUACUCUUCUUAUAAGCAGAAUGAACUUUGGCACAUACUGUAAUCAUAAUCAUAACACGGCUGCUUUCAUCAGCAAUUGAAUGUUCGCACUUAACUCAUCUGUGGCCCUUCUGUGUUUCAACAACCCUAAACUUUCUUCAUCAGUAAGCUUUAGGGAAAAAAAAAAAGAAGAUUGAGAAUAUGUGUUUAUUUAAUAUCCUAUCUGAGCAUAUGCCCCUUUAUCUGGAAACCGUGUGUGUGUCUGUGUGUGUGUGUGUGUUAGAAACCCCAUUAAGAUGAAAGGAUCUACUUCACUGAGGUAGCUAUCCUUAAGUUUCAAAUCAUGCUGAAGCUAUUGCAAGAGACUCUAAUUCAAAACAGUGAAAUUUUGAAGUGCUGAGUGUUCACUGAUUUCUGCUUUAGUUUUUAAAAUCAGUCUAUCGACAUGGUAUGUAAAAUUCAUUAUUUUGAAAUGCUUAAUACUUCGUUAAAGAAGUAGAUGUAUGAAUUGAAUGUACAGUAUGCUUUUAAAUAUUAGUUUAGUAUGGCUGUUACACUUGAAAUUACUAAUAAACUAUAUAUUUAUAUUUUGGUUCAUGUACAUGAAACUAUUCCAGUAAGAUUCUAAUUAUACUUAAUUAUCUGUACAUGUAAAAAUACAUUCUUUAAAUGUGAAUUCUUUGGGGGAAAAAAAGUCUGUGCAUAGGAGGCAUAUGGCCUAAUUAACCUGUAUAGCCUUUUGUACUGUAAAAAGACUUUGGAAUAAGA